UGUUUUGAUUACCUUCCUUCUGUGUACGGCGCGUGUGUGCAUGCGUUGUGGCGUCCGCGGUCGGUGCAAAAGUGGCACAAUUUUAGUAUUAUUGAAGCAUUUUUCAUCAAUUUUGUAUAUUUUGAGACAUUUGGCUGGUUCAGCAGCGAUAUUAUACUCAGCCAUUGCCAAAAGUACAGGAGAAGCUACAAUUAAGUGAAAACUCAUCGCCUUAAAGAGGACAUGUGAAAAUAGCUCCAAUUUUGGCACCCAAAAACAAUGGCAUUUCCCCUCGCCAACCCGGACCGGCUGAAGCUGCAGCACCAUGCGGAGGAGCAGCGCAACCUCAAGCCGGGCCAUUGCAACAAGUUCCUGCACGCCGUCAUCGAUCCGGCCUUUCUGCGCGAACCCCACGGCGCCCAGCUACUGCCCAAGCUGGCCGAGCUGGGCUGCAAGUACGAACUGAGCGCCCAACCAGCCCCAACCACCAUCACGUUCUACCGCACCGUGCCGGCAAAGCUUACGCCGGCCGGUACGAUGACGGACACGACCGUACACGAACCAUUCGCCGUCCAUCUGCUCGACGGUGGCACACUCGCCGCGUACGUACGCAACCGCCAGCUGCUGGCCGCUGUGCGAAGCGUCAAGGAGGCACUGCCCGGUCGCCGUCUAAGCCUGCUCGUGUUCGGACUGGUCGCCUACUGCCGCGUCCAUCGGGGCUGUGUGGGGCGCCGCGAAACGGAGCAAGCGCUCACGGAGGUCCAGCUGUACGAGGACACAUCGCACCAGCUGCUGGAAACGGACGAGCAUGUGGGCAACUUUGUCGCCCAGCUGGCGCGUGCCAUUGCCGAGCGGCCGUACAAGCAGCAGCAGCUGGACAAGUACAGCUGCGACCAGGUGUACCUGGGCAACGAGAAGAAGGGCUGCGUGCGGGUGGAAGGUACGGCCGGCCUGCAGCAGCUCUACCAGGCCCAGCUCAUCAAGAUACCGUCCGUGACGCUCGAGAUAGCGGAAGCGAUAAUGGGCGCCUACCCGACGGUUCGCUCACUGCUGGAGGGGUUCCGUGCGGCGGGCCCGGCAGACGGACCGCACCUGCUUGCCAACGUUUCGAUCCGGCGUGCGGGCGGCCCGAUUACGACCGCGAACCGACGCAUCGGGCCGGAGUUGAGCCGCAAAAUCUACUCACUGUACGGUUCCACCAAUCCCAAACAAGAGUUAUAAAUUGGAGAGGAGUUUUAUUUUUU